GUUUUUGCUUGAUUCUAGUCGCCCAAUCCAAACCAGACGCCAGCGAUGGCGCAGGCCGUGGAGAACUUGGUCCGGAUUGUCGGCCGGGCAUUCUAUGCAGAUGAACACAUUGUCGUCCUGGAGGCAUUGAUUCGAGAAAAGUAUCUCAAGGACGAUGAAAUGGGGAACGCAGUGAACUUGCAGACAAAGCAAGUGCGCAAGAUAUGCCAUGACCUCGAAGCCGACCAUCUUGUGUCACGGGAGGAACUCAACGACAAAAAAUUGGGCGGCGCCUCAAAAGCCACGUACUGGUACAUCGACUAUAAGUACUUUGUCGACGUGGUGAGGUACCGGCUGUACCUCAUUCGGACAUACUUGACCGAAGCUGAGUCGUUGGAAAUCGAACGGCAAACGUAUCGCUGCGACAACGACGAUUGCGGCCGCGAGUACACGGCGUUGGAAGCGCAAAAACUCGUGACAGCAGAAAUUCACGAGUUUUAUUGCGGCCAUUGUAACUCCAAACUGAUCGAGUGCGACAACAACGAGCGGCUCCAAAGUGCGCAGAGUUUGCUGAAAAAGUACAUGGCACAAGUAAAUCGAGCGGAAGACCUCCACGAAAGCAUCAACGAAUGUCUCAAGAAAAUUCAAGAAUUUCUCAACUCUGGUCAAGCGCUUCCAUCAAACUUGCCGAGCGAAAACCGAGCGGCAGGCCGAGGAGGUGACAGUGUUCGUGUCCCUGCGGGUCGAGGGGGCGGUGGAGGUGGCGGGGGUGGCGGUGGAGGAGGCAGUCGAGCCAACGAGCCGCAAACAUCGCUGCUGUACGGGAACAGAGCGCCGGAAGUGGUUGUCUCGAUAUCCACCGAGAACAAACCGCGCAAUGAAGUCAAGCUGGAACCCACGGCGGCAGUGAAAGAGAUGCCAGUGCACUUACAAGGCAGCAAGAUGAGCAAUGAAAUGGCUUCCAAGUACAAACAAAACAACAUGCCACCGCCGCCGACACCGUAUGGUCAAGCGGCGCAUAUCAAAGACGAGCCGACAGAUCGCUUCCACGAUCGAGAUGAUGACGGCGACGAACAGGACGCCAUGAAGGCCGAGAUUGUUUUGGACGACCACACAGGACACAACGGGGUGUGGAACGAUGGGGGCCUCGAUGACGACGAUGGCCUGGACAUGGACUGGGAGGACUGCACCACGAGCCAAGAAGAGUUUGUCGAUCCACAUUAUGUGAAUGAAUUUGUCACGGUUCAAGGGCUCAAGCAAGACCUGCUUGACGUGACGGAGGCCGACAUCGACCGCAUGACCAAGGACGAAUAUGUGGACUACUACCACAAGUGCAAACUCGUCCGUAGCCGUUUUGGCCAACAUCGACAGUACUCUUAAGAGUUGAAAACCACUGACGUCGACGACAUCAACUUGUUUUGAGCACCGUUUACACGAACAACGCAGUGGCUCUGA